GCAUGGCUACAAUAAGGACGCGAUAUUAACCUUAAUUUUGUGAUACCUGCUUGAAAUCGUGGAAACGAAUGGCAUGGCUAAAAUAGUUGAAUCAUUAGAAAAAUUAAGUGUUGAACAUGAUACGCGUGAACAUGAUAACAAUCGAGUCGUCAAAAGAAAAAGGGAGUUAACAUCAUCGAUAGAAGAAGCAGUAUCUGUUGACCAUAAUUAUAUUCUUGCUGUCUGUGGAACACAAAGUGACCCAGAAUUUAGAAUUGGUACUGCUUUAUCUGAUCAUACUUGUGUAAUAUAUUCUGUUGGGGAGAGUUUAAAUCAGAUCUUUACAUUAACUCACAAUCAAGCACCUAUUGUUGGUAUUAGAUUCAGUCCUACUUCUAGAAAUAUUUUAUAUACAGCUACAAACAAUGGACAAAUUACAGCAUGUGACUUGCGAGCUAAAGGCAAAGUUAUUGCAAAGUUUACAGAUAUUACCGAUGAUGGUAAAACAAAACCUCUUUGUAGUUUUGAUGUUAGUUGUAAUGAAAAGCUUAUAGCAGGUGGUUCUGAGCAUAUUGGGGGAGAUGCAUUUAUUUUAUUUUGGGAUGCUCGACAUACUAAUUCAAAAUUGGAUGAUAAAAAUAAUCUCCUUGGUGGGUACUGGCAAUCUCAUGUGGAAGAUGUAACCUCUUUGGCAUUUCAUUCUAAUAAGCAAGAUGUCUUAGCAUCUGGUAGUACAGAUGGGCUGAUUAAUGUCUUUGAUCUCUCACAGCCAACAGAAGAUUCUGCAUUAACUUAUUCCUUAAAUACUGAAUCAUCUGUGGAUAGGAUAGGCUGGUUAAAUGAUAAUAAUCUUUGGUGUACAACACAUAAUUCACUACAACUUUGGGACUAUGAUGGAGCAACCCCAUAUGCUAAAUUUGGACGCAAUAAUUUAGCAGUUUCACAAAAUGAUGAUCCAGAUGAUUGUUAUAUAGUCAGAUUUCAUGCUUCAAAUGCACUUGGACAACCAUUCCUUUUAGCAGGUUGCAGUUGUGUUAAAGGGGAAAGUUUGAGAUGUUUAAAUGUCAUAAAUGAUCGAUUAGAAACAUGUUAUAACAUGGUAGGAAAUAAACAAAUAGUACGUGAUAGCUGGCUACAUGAAAAGAGUGGUUCUUUAAUAACAGUAGGUGAAGGUGGACUUAUAAAUAUUUGGAGGCAAACUGAAACCAUGUCUAUUGAACAAAAUUUAAGUCAUAAAUUAGUGGCGAAAAUUGGCACUAGUAAAGCACAUGAUCGUCAGCACAGGACCAAGCCAUAUUAA